CUGUGUAUCUGCAUAAUUGUGUUGCUAAAAAUCAAAGUAUUACCCUGGUUUAUACAAGGAUUCAAUGGGUAAAUAUCUAAACAUUACACCUGCUAGUGUUUAUCCUGUUACAUAAGUACCUUAAAAUAAAGGUACUAAAUAGUCCGUUACAUAAGAAAAUAGAAAAUCCUACCUCUUUUCUGUCUUAUAAAAACCCGCGCAAUUUUUGUUUGUGUCAAUACGAUUCGGGCAGUCGUUUCACUCGGUGUUGUUAUGCGUGCUCUGUACAGUUAUAAAUUUUGUGCAAUACUGUUAUAAUAUAAGUGCAGAAUAAUACAAGUGUAUAUUUUAAAUAUUCAACGUGCCGUGAAUUUCACUCAAUCACGACAAUGUCGGCCAAAGACAAGCGCAAGUCAGGAUCCACGUAUAGAUCCAUAGAAGCCAAUAAUAAAAAGCUUGAUGCUGAAUUGUUUGGAGAGAGUAGUGAAGCUGGGCCAAGUAAUAUUCAGACAGCUACGUCAAAUGUAGAGUUCAGUGAACACCCGCAUUGUGGUAAGUGCAAAAAUAAAAAUUUUAAUUAGUGACCAAUGCAAAUUAAACACAUUUAUAAUACUUUUUUUUAUUUAUUCAUUGCAGAGAACCAUCCUUGUCCAUUUGAUGAAUACAUCUUGCAAGAAGAAUACGUCAGUGAUUGGGUUACUAUCGAUGCAUUCGACGAUAUGGAAGUAUAUGAAGAGGUCAACGAAGAUUACGAUGAAGCUGAGGAAACUAUACACAGUACACAAGAGUCUCAACACGAGGAGGAACCAUUUGAUGAGCUUAUUCGAAAUUGGGCAUUAAAAACAUACCAAACACAUCAAGCGCUAAAUGGACUAUUAGAAAUUUUACGUAAAAAAACGGACUACCAACUGCCGAAAGAUGCUCGCACGUUGCUUAAGACAAGGCAAUGUGGAAAAGAAACGUACCCUAUAGCAGGGGGAGAAUUUUGGUUCCCUGGGGUACGAUCGGUUCUCAAGGAUCACUUUCGCGAUGUACCACCAAGAGUCAGCAAAUUUUCGUUGAACUUUUCGAUUGAUGGACUUCCACUGCACAAGAGCACUCGAAAACAGUUUUGGCCCAUAUUAAUGAGCAUUCAAGAAAUGCCGGAAGUUCCAGUGAUGAUGGUUGGCAACUUUUUUGGUGAAUCGAAACCAAAGAGUGUUGAGGAAUAUCUGCGUCCGCUAGUCGACGAGCUAAAUGGGUUGAUGGAUAAUGGCAUUGUAAUAGCCAAUAAGCCAAUCGAAAUACACGUUAGAGCUUUCAUCGCGGACUCACCAGCACGAGCAUUCAUAAAAGGUUCAGUUUACUUCAACCACACACAUGGUUGCCAAAAAUGUACGGUGCAAGGAAAAUAUCACAGCGCACACCGAGUUACAUGUUUCCCGGGAAUGGAUCAUCCAGCAAGAACGCAUGAAGAUUUCGUCCAAUCAAAUUACGGAGCACAUCAUCGGGAAAAAACGCCUCUCAUGGAUCUUAAGAACUUUGACAUCAUAAAGCAGAUUAUUAUAGCAGAUCGUUUGCACCUCUUUGACUACGGCGUAACAAGAACAAUGCUGAAAGAAUGGAAAUCAGGCAAAUUAGGAGGGGGUGCCAAGUGGUCUGAAGACACAAUAAGCAAGAUUGAUGCUUUGCUGAAGGAGGUGGAACUUCCUUUAGAGUUUCAUCGCAAACUCCGUUCUGUUGAAGACAUUGGAUUGUGGAAAGCUAGUGAGUUCCAAAUGUUUCUACAUUACGCGAGUUUUAUCGUUUUGAAGGAUGUAUUAACAGAUGUACAGUAUGACCAUUUUAUGAAAUAUUACUGUGCGGUAACAUUGUUAUCAUCCGAAGUGUAUAAGAAUGAUUGGCUUGAGGCGAAAUGCUUGCUAAAAGAGUUCGUUUUAGACUAUGGUGUUAUCUACGGGGAACAUUGCAUCACCAGCAAUAUACAUAGUUUGUUGCAUGUGUAUGAUGAUGUAGACAAAUUCGGCCCGCUUUACACCAUUUCAUCUUAUCCCUUUGAAAGUAAGCUCCAGCAUGUUAAGAACUGUCUUCGAAACGGUCAUAAGGUUUUGGUGCAGGCUGCAAAUAGGAUAUCGGAGCAAAAACCAAGUACUGCGUCAUCAAAUAGAACAAAUCUCUCUUUUCCAUUUUUGAAAACCAAAACUAAUGGAGUAGCAUUGCACAUAAAUCCACAAUUAACUCUUUCUCCUGGUUUCAGUCCAAUUGGUUUUUGACUCAUGAUAACUACAUAGUUAAAUAUUGUAGCGCAGAACAAAAAGAUUCAAUUAUAAUAAUUAAUGGAAGAGCAUUCAAUUAUAUAACGGAAACCCGCUCGUACUAUAUUUCACCUUUUAUGAAGGACAUAUAUGAAGAAGAUUCAUGUAACCUUCGUACCGAUGAAAUGGUAUUUUUACCCAGGGAUAUAAAGUGUAAAUUAGUAGCUAUUAAAACAGGUAAUAGCAGUUUAGUGUUUGUUCCAUUUCCUAGAACAUUAACUAAUUAGAGGUAAAAUGUAAUUUAAACUAUUUUUUAGAAAUAAAAUCGAGCAUAUGUAUUUGAUUGGAAGUUAAAGUUCGUGUUUUAUUUUCGGCCUUUUUUAUUCACAUGUUAAUACUAUGUACUAACGAUGUUCAUUUUAUCACUGUCUUAGAAUCAUAAAUAUUUGAAAAUCGAUAUGUUUAUGUUGCAUGAAACAAAAUAGAAAAAAAAGGUUUUGGUAAACGUUUCAUUACAUAUAAUUAUCACAACCUGAGUUAUCACAUAAAUAUUCCUUCUUGUAGUUCUAAAAUACGUUUACCCUUAUAUUUCCCGAUCACAGUAUUUUUUUUAAUUUUCACGUUCGAUAAAACAUAACUAAACAGAAAAACAUUAAAUAAAUAUCAUAGCAUAUUAACAUUUUUCGUUAUUCUAUUCCAAUUUGAUCUCAUUUGGUAAUAAUAAAGUAUAUACACGUGUUUAAAAAAAAGCAAUACAUC